AUCUUUAUCAGACAGCUUGUCAAGGUCAUGAUGUUCCCUUUUCUUUCUCUAAUUCUACUCUCCUGUGGAUUCACCCACCACCACGACGCAGAACAAUAUUGCUACUACUACUAGUUCUGAUACUGAUAGCCAACCUUUUCCAGACCCUGUUUACCAUUUUCAUUCUGUUUGCUUUGUUGCCUUAGCCUCAAAGGAAGCAAGAAAGAAAAAUACUUUCCCCUUUUUAAAAACCCAGUUCUCCAGAAUCAGUAUCUUUUUGCAAAUGGGUUUUGGUUUAUUCUAUUAUUUAAUCAGAUGUUUCAAGUUUAGGUUUGUGUUGAUACUUCAACAGUACUAAUUUGUCCAUUUUGAGCUUCAUUUCUGCGAAAUUUCCUACUAACCCUUUUCAAAAUCAAAAUUUUCAUCUGGGUUUUGCUUAUUUUUCAGUUUUAUCUCUCUGUAUGUUUACUAGUGGUUCAGUAUAUGAUGUGAUUGGUGGGUCUAGGGUUUAUGUGAGCAGUAAGAUCAAUAUCUUCUCUUCAUAUUCUUCCAAGAUUCUUUUGAUUCUGAAACGCUAACUGAGAUUUCAGUGCUGUAGAAGAGUAUUGGAACUCUUGGGUAUGGACACUCUAGGUCCAGCUUCACAUUUUUUGGACUCAAAUUGGUUUAUGCAAGGAAGCAGAGGCACAACAUGGACAAAAGAAGAGAACAAGAAAUUUGAAAGUGCUCUUGCAAUUUUUGAUAAGGAGACCCCUGAUAGAUGGAUGAAGGUGGCAGCCAUGAUACCCGGAAAGUCGAUUUUCGAUGUGAUGAAUCAGUACAUGGAAUUAGUAGCAGAUGUUAGUGAUAUAGAAAAUGGGUUGGUUCCAAUUCCUAUGUAUCUGACCUCCUCUUUCACACUAGAAUGGGUUGACAAUAAUGGUUUUGGUGCUUGUAGAAAGAAGUCUUCGACAGGGAGGUCUGAUCAGGAGAGGAAGAAAGGUGUUCCAUGGACAAAAGAGGAGCACAGGCGGUUUUUAUUGGGUCUACAAAAGCACGGAAAAGGGGACUGGAGAAAUAUUGCUCGUAAUUUUGUCAUCUCUAAAACACCGACUCAAGUGGCAAGCCAUGCUCAGAAAUACUAUCAGAGGCAGCUUUCAGGAGGAAAAGAUAAGAAGAGGCCCAGUAUCCAUGACACUACAAUGGUUAAUCUGAUGAACACUACUGCAUCAGACAACAACAAAUCUCCUUCAAUGGAUAAGUGUACUGUUCUUGGACCAGUGCACAAGUCCUUGAGCUCACCAAAGAAAUUACUAGACUGGAAUGAAUCAAAUGAUGGGGCGGUGUUGGUUUUUGACUCAGCGCAUGGCAACACGUUCAUGGCUUAUCCGUAUGAGAUUGCUUCACAUGGUCUUCCAUUGCAGAGGAAUGCUUGUGUUGGAGCGCGUAUUGGACCUCACCCUUCUGAGUUUCAGAUCCAGGCAACAAGAUACCAGGUUCUUGGAUGAAGCAGCAAUGUUCAUGGUGGUCAAGGAGGUUGAAACUCUGAAGUCCAAUCCCCUCGAGUAUGGUUAAUGUUAAUAGCUAGGCCAUGGUGUUAUGUGAACUGAUGAUUGGAAAACUUGAAAGAUGGGAGUCAUGCCAUGCUUUUACUUGCAAAUGAAAUACUCUAUUAGCUUGUCUAUAAAAUUCCAAUUAUAUGGAGCCCAAAAUGGUUUUAGG